GUAAGACACUUCAUAAUAAAAUAAAUCAAAUCGGAUUUUUACAUAAUGAAUCAUUAAUCACAUUACUAUGGAAGCUGAAAAACUUGUAAAAAAUGUUUUUUAAUUAAAAGCCAAUAUAGAAACUAAAAAUGUCUGCUUGUUUAUUGCAAAAAGCUUUUCAGCAAUUGAAUAUUUACAAGAAAGACAUUAUUUUGGCACAUUACGUGACGUACACCACCAGGUCGAGAAUAGUGAACAGGAUCGCUAACAUAGUGGAAGUGAAUGAAAAAUCUCUGGCCAAUGUGGUUAAAGAACAUGCAUUGUGUGGUUCGAGGUUCAUUGGACUUAAGUAUCAGGUGCCUAAGAGCGAGCUCCCUCUGAUAAAAAUUAUGGAGCUACCUCUGAAGCCGAGCCUUGUGAUUGAUAGUCCAAUCAAGAGUAUAAUUGAAAAGAUUGACAUUGUAACUAAGAAAAUCGUUGAGGUACCUAUGAUUAUAAAUGUCAUUGAGAAGCAAGCUGAAAGAAUGAUAGUCAUCAGGAGGAAAAAAAUAAAAAAGCACAAGAGACGAAAGUGGCUGAAGAAGUUUAAAUUUGUUAUCAGGAAAAGAGAGCAGAGAAAGAAGAAUUUAAAAGAGAAAGAAUAUCAGGUCGACCUGCAAGACAUUAUUGCAAAAGCUGAAGAGUUCAAUGCUGAACAGUAUGUUGCAGAACGCCUGACUUCCUUAACUAAAAAACGUAUUCCUUACAAGUGGAGGGGCGAAUUGCUGCCAGAGGAUAUGAUAAGGCAAUUUAUGAACGAACAAGAAAAAAGAAAAGCAUACAAACUUAGACUACGCACUUAUAGGCUGAGACUUGACAAUUGAAAUGUAUGAAAUCGAUUUUGCAUGAAUUUUUUAUGGUACUUCAAUAAUAAACAUCGUAGACUUA